AAGAUCAACAGGAAGUUCUAACUAGCUUUGUUUUUUAACUUCUCGCUCUCUGUCACGGUCUUUUUGAAAGUUAUUGAAGUUUUAGGGGCGUUUUGUAUCAUGACUUCUUCUAAAAGAUGAUCAAAUAUAAACGUGCGCUAACUUUAUUGUAGACGCUAUCGGCUCUUGAACGCAGAGAUGUUUGUGAGAGCUGAAAGCAUUGGGAGGAAUCAGCUGGUUGUUCGACGCGCUUAACAACACUCAUGAUUCAUCUAGAUCUCAGUCGUGUUUAUGCGAAUCAUAUGCAUCUAAACCAAACUAGAGCAGUAGAACUGACAAGAACUUAACUCGGCUAUUGUCCGUCCCUGCCUCUGGGUCAGACUCCGUCGGAGUGUAAUGUGAGAGCUCCGUGACAGCGGGAGAGAUGCCGUGCACAUGCGGGAACUGGAGGAGGUGGAUCCGGCCUCUGGUGGUGCUGCUCUACAUUCUCGUGCUCCUGGUUGUCCUUCCACUCUGUAUAUGGGAGCUUCAAAAAUCAGAGGUUAGCACUCCUAAUAAGGCAUGGUUCAUCGCUGGGAUAUUUGUGUUCAUGACUAUACCCAUCUCACUGUGGGGGAUUUUGCAGCAUCUAGUACACUACACCCAACCUGAGCUACAAAAACCUAUUAUCAGAAUAUUAUGGAUGGUUCCUAUAUACAGCUUGGAUAGUUGGAUUGCAUUGAAGUAUCCCAGCAUUGCCAUCUAUGUAGACACAUGUAGAGAGUGCUAUGAGGCUUAUGUAAUCUACAACUUCAUGAUCUUCCUUCUCAACUAUCUGGGAAACCAGUAUCCCAGUCUGGUGCUGAUGCUGGAGGUGCAGGAGCAACAAAAGCAUCUCCCCCCUCUUUGCUGCUGCCCACCGUGGCCCAUGGGAGAAGUGCUUUUGCUGAGAUGUAAACUGGGAGUUCUGCAGUACACCGUUGUGAGACCUGUCACUACAAUCAUUGCUUUGAUUUGUCAGCUUUGCGGGGUCUAUGAUGAAGGAAACUUCAGUUCAAAAAAUGCCUGGACGUAUCUGGUUAUCGUCAACAAUCUCUCUCAGCUUUUUGCCAUGUACUGUCUUGUGCUGUUCUACAAGGCUUUGAGAGAAGAGCUGAGUCCUAUCAAACCUGUGGGCAAAUUCCUCUGUGUCAAGCUGGUGGUUUUUGUGUCAUUCUGGCAAGCUGUGGUCAUUGCGCUUUUAGUGAAGGUUGGUGUGAUCUCAGACUCGCACACCUGGGACUGGAAGAGUGUGGAGGCUGUAGCCACUGGACUACAGGACUUCACCAUCUGUGUGGAAAUGUUUUUAGCAGCCAUUGCCCAUCACUUCAGCUUCACUUACAAGCCCUACGUACAGGAAGCAGAGGAAGGUUCUUGCUUUGAUUCCUUCCUGGCCAUGUGGGAUAUCUCUGAUGUACGGGCUGAUAUCUCGGAACAAGUGCGCAAUGUCGGGAGAACUGUCAUGGGUCGGCCAAGGAAAACAUAUUUUGGUGAAGAGGCAUUCCAGGACGAGAACACAGGACUGCUGUCAGCUGGUUCUCAGGAUCCAGCCAUUGAAUCGUCCUCCACUCCUCCAUCCCCUAAGGGCCAUUACCAGGGCAUGGGCCACACUGUAACGCCCCACUCCAUCUCGGCUCCCGCCAACCUUGGCUGUGCACCAUGGGAAGGAGAUGUUGAUGACAUCAUGCCUACUGUGCUAUCUGGUGAUCAUACAGACCAGCAAGGCUCAGACUAUGCAUCCAUCACUUAACAUCACAAAUAGCUAAAGCACAAUGAUCUAAUGUGCAUUAUCUACCGUUUCGAUUACAUGCAGCCACCAUUAAUUAUUGAUACUUUGUGUUCAGAGAGGCUCAAUGAAGCUUUGGUAGCAAGAACAUAUAUGAAGGACUUGGGUAGUGUGUUAGUCCUCCAUUUUUAACUAUGUUUGGCAUUAUUUUGCUGAAGACAUGACCAAAAUAUAAACUGACAUUAGAGUGAAGCACAGUUAAUUCCCCAAUACCAGUUUUAAUUUUUUUUUUUCUCGUCAUUAGAUCAUGGUUAUUUUAAGACAGCUUUAUGAAUGUUUUUUUUUCUAUGUAAUGAUAAUUCUACUUUAGAAUAUCAUUGACAUCCUCCCGGGAUUUUAUCAUCAAGUAAUUUUACGAGUUUUUUGUUUGACAUCAGUGAUACUUUCACAUUUUUAUCUGUGAAUGUAAAUGCAAUUUAAGUUUUUUUUUUUUCAUGGAGCAGCACCUUGUUCAUUGACCGUAAUAUGAAAUUGCCAGGAUGCCAUGGAGAUUUGCAACAUUUUGUUUCAGCGGAAUAUAUGCAUGUGAUAAAGCAACUAAAGUUCGAACAUUGGCUCUAAAGCACAAAAUACUGAAGCACCCAUAUCUCUGUUUACUUCGCUUCAGAGCUUAGCAACCUCUCCUGGACUACAUGCCAUGAACAGCUUCAUGUAAUUGUCAAAACAAAUACAUAUGUUGGUGUUCUUAUGUUCUUCUCAAAAAGUAUAUGUUUUAAUUGUGUUUUUAUGAUUUGGUUAUUUUAAUGAUUAGACAAAGAAAAUUAUUUUAAAAUUUAGAAUACUGACUUUUAAGUUCACCUCGGGGAAUGAUGCAAUGUCUAUUAUAAGCCAAAGUUGUCUUAUUGCUAUUAAGAUAUAU